AUCUAGACCUACCUACAUCUCUCUUACAAUUGUUAUCCGCCACGACGCGGAGUCCAACAAACACGCAAACCAACCUUCCAGCGCCCAAGAACCCGAUGGCCGCGACCGACGGGCACGACACCGGCGCCGCGAGCAUCCCGUGCGUGACGCUCAACACGGGCCACGCGAUGCCGGUGCUGGGCUUCGGGACCGGCUCGUCGCGCGCGCCGGAGGACCUGCCAGCCACCAUCGUCCACGCCGUCCGCCUCGGCUACCGCCACUUCGACACCGCGUCGUUCUACGGCACGGAGCGCGUUCUCGGCGCCGCCGUGGCCGACGCCGUGCGCUCCGGCGCCGUCGCCUCCCGCGCCGACCUCUUCGUCACCUCCAAGCUCUGGAUCGCCGACGCGCACCCGGACCGCGUGCUCCCCGCGCUGCGGGAGUCGCUCGACCGCCUCGGCCUCGACUACCUCGACCUCUUCCUCGUCCACUGGCCCGUCGCCGCUGGCGAAAACAAGAAACUUGUGCCGUUCGACAUGGAGGGCGUCUGGCGCGCCAUGGAGGAGUGCCACCGCCUGGGCCUCGCGAGGUCCAUCGGCGUCAGCAACUUCUCUGCGGUCAAGAUGUCCAAGCUGCUCGCCUUCGCCGCCGUGCCGCCGGCCGUCAACCAGGUGGAGACGAACGUCGGGUGGCGCCAGGAGAAGGUGAGGGAGGUGUGCGCCAAGAACGGCGUCGUCGUCACCGCGUUCUCGCCGCUCGGCGCGCACGGCUCGGCGUGGGGAUCCAACGCCGUCAUGGAGAGCGGCGUGCUGCGCGACGUCGCCGCCAGGAGAGGCAAAACGGUUGCCCAGGUGGCAUUGAGGUGGCUGCACGAGCAGGGGGUGUGUUUUGUGGCGAGGAGCUUCAACAAGGAGAGGUUGAAGCAGAACAUGGAGAUAUUCGAUUGGGAGCUAAGCGAGGAUGACAAAGAGAUGAUUGCGCAGAUUCCGCAGCGGAGAGCAUGCCAUGGGGAGUUCUUUGUGUCGCCAGACGGGCCAUACAAGUCCUUGGAGGAGCUGUGGGAUGGAGAAAUAUGAUAAAUUUCAUUAUGUUCACAGCCGAUAUCCUUAUCUUCCUACUGAAAAAUACUAUCUGUAUAUCUACCGAAAAUACUGCAUAGUCAUUGUUUCCAUGUAUCUGUUGUCUGUCAAAUAAUGAUUGUUACUUGUGUUAGGAAACA